ACCCUAGCAACCCACGCACUCGACGUAAACAAAUCAUGAACAUGGCGAUCAACUAAUCACUUUUAAUUCAUAUCUACUGCAGUAGCCCGUUCGAUCGGCGUUUUUCAACAUCACAGUUACAGAUCAAAUCUUAAAGAUCCAAAAUGACAGAAGAAAAUGUUAAAGUAGCUGUGCGAGUGAGACCAUUCAUAUCCUUUUAAAAUCAGUUAUCAUUUCAGUGAAAGUUCGUCUGCUACGGCGGUACGGGCACUGACUAAGUUGUCGUUAAGCUCUCUCUGCCGGGGUUAUUUAGGACGAUUUGAUAAGGUUUUAUUGUAUUAUUGUUUAUAGAGCUAUUCAAGUAUUUUAUACGACGUGGAGUAUUGGAUUUAUUUAUUCUGUAUGAGGAUCAUUGUAGCUUUCCAAGCAAGCAUGUACACGAUUGUUUUAUGAAUUAGAAUUCCCGCUUAAUAAAAAGGAUUUGAGAAGUUGGUGAAAUUACAUAGAUCUAGUAAUUGGCCUAAUUCCCCGCCUCACCUAAAAUGUGAGGGUGGGGCGGGGCGUAUUCUUUUCCCAAAGCAACGUUAUACGAGAAAGAGAAAGGAAUGCAAAAUGUAUCAUCGACAUGAAUGGUCCUACCACCAUUAUCACCGACCCAUCAGACAAUGACGAGAAAAAGUUUGCAUUUGACUACAGUUACUGGUCACAUGAUGGUAGUAAGGAACAGGCGGACGGAUAUUACGGACCAGACCCAUCUCAUCCAAAUGGCAAAAAAUUCUGUGAUCAGAAAAGAGUAUUUGAAGAUAUAGGUGUUGGAGUUUUAAAGAAUGCAUGGGAAGGAUAUAACACAACAUUGUUCGCAUACGGACAAACAGGAAGUGGAAAAAGUUGGUCGAUUGUUGGAUAUGGUGUUAAUAAAGGUGUUGUUCCAAUGUUUUGUGAGCAAGUUUUUAAAGGUAUUGAUGAGAAGAAAACAGCUGGAGAAAAAACAGAAUUUGAAGUUAUGUUCAGCAUGUUGGAAAUUUAUAAUGAACAGGUUCGAGACUUACUUGACUCUAAACCACCAAAACGUGGCGGGUUAAAGGUUAGACAACAUCCUAAGAAAGGAUUUUAUGCUGAUGGUUUACAGAUAACACCAGUUAGUAGUUAUAAAGAGAUAGAAGAUAAGAUGGAGGAAGGAACAAGAAAUCGUACAGUAGCUGCUACAAACAUGAACGCUACCAGCAGUCGAGCUCACACAAUCGUAGGAAUGACCUUUAUACAGAAAUUUGUAAAUGCUGCUGGAGAGGAAACAACGAAAUCACCUUUAAUUAAUUUAGUAGAUUUAGCAGGAAGUGAGAGAGCAGAAAGUACAGGAGCAACUGGAGAUCGUCUUAAAGAGGGUGCUGCUAUUAACCAGUCACUAUCAUGUCUGGGUAAUGUCAUCUCAGCUUUAGCUGAUAGAAGUAAUGGUAAAAAUACUAGAGUGCCUUAUAGAGAUUCAUGUUUAACUAAGUUAUUGAAGAAUGCUCUUGGUGGAAAUAGUAAAACUAUAAUGAUAGCUGCUGUAAGUCCUGCUGAUAUUAACUACGAUGAAUCUCUUUCAACUCUUAGAUAUGCUGACAGAGCAAAACAGAUCAAGACAACAGCAUCUGUAAAUGAAGAUCCAACUGAGAAGUUGAUCCGUGAACUACAGGAAGAAAAUGAAAAGUUAAAAGCGAUGUUGGGGGGUAAUGUUAAGAUGGAGGUGAUGAAAGAUGAUGAUGAAGAUCUCACUGAUGAAGAAUUAGCCAAACUAAAACAAGAAAUGGAAGAAGAGUAUAAGAGUCGUUUGGAAACCAACGCUAAAGAAAUGGAAGAAAUGCACAAAACAUUUGAAGAGAGACUGGCAGAGGCACAUGCUCAUGGUGGAGGCCAACAUUUAGCUGAAAUUUUAGAAAAGAAGAAAAAGAUGCCUUAUUUGUCCAAUUUAAACAUGGACCCUCAGUUGUCUGGCCAUAUUAUACUAUUUAUAGAAAAACCUGAAGUAACUAUUGGUAACAGUAAAGGAUCAUGUGAUAUUAUGCUGAAAGGACCAAGUAUUGUUGAGAAUCAUGCCAUCAUCCGAGAAGAUAAAGGAGCUUUUAGUAUAGAACCCUCUGAAGCUAAUGUAAGAAUGAUGAGAAAUGGCAAACUUGUCACAAAUAAAACAGAACUUAAAUACAACGACAGACUGAUAUUUGGAACAACUCAGUAUUUUGUUUUCGUCAAUCCCAAAGACAAAAGUGCUAAAGAUGCACCAGUAGUUAAUUUUGAAAUGGCUCAGGAAGAAAUCGCUAAAAAAUCUGGUUUUGAUGUGACGUCUGAAAACAAAACUAGAGAUGAAGCUCUGCUAAAGGAAGAUAUUGUCGAAUUGAUGCCAGCUGUGGAAGAAUGUAACUCCAUUAGUGAAGAGCUUGAUAAAAAGAUGAAGUUUGAAUUGAUGGUUGUUUCAGCAGAAGCCCGUGGAGAGUUGAAAGGUCGAACAGAAGUAAUGGUUCGAGUCGUUAAUCUAGAAACAAAACAUGAAUGGAUUUGGCCACGAGAAAAAUUUAUGAAUCGUAAAUUCUUGAUGCAAGAAAUGUACCAGAAUUUCAUGGAAGGAGAAGAAUGGGAUUUACCCAAGGAUAAAGAAACUGAGGAACGAGAUCCAUUCAGUGAAGAUUAUGAAGCUGAAUUUCAUAUUGGUAGUGUUAAAAUUUGGCUACAAUCUCUUGCAUACCAUAUAGAAAUAAAGGAACAGUUAGAUAUAACAGACUUUAAAGGACAAGAAGUUGGAUUAUUAAAUGUUGAAUUGAUACCAUGCGAUAAGAAAGGAAAGGAAUAUACCGAGAAUGAUGAUGUGUUUGUUAAUUCACCAGAUGAACUCAAAGGAAAAGAUGUCAAUUUUGUUGUUAAAAUUCUCAGUGCUCGUGGUCUACCUUCACAGUUUACUGAUAUAUAUUUGAAAUAUUUAGUUUAUCAUGAAGAUAAAUAUACCUGUAGUAAUCCAAUCAAAAAUACAAUCAACCCAGACUGGAACCAUAAACGUGUUGUCAACUUUACAAAGGCUGAUGAUGAGCUCCUCAAGUAUUUAUCUGAAAGUGCAAUAAUGGUUCAAAUCUGGGGGAAACAGAAACCACCAAAAACUAAGAAAAGUAUCAACACGAAGCAGGCCAUUUUAUCUGAUGCUUUACGGAAAGGUCAGACAUCUGCUGCUAAUACAAACACCAAGGUUUUUGAUUCGGAUAAAGUAAAAUACAUGAUGAAGGUAGCCAUGUUGGAAAAACGACAACAACAGAUGCAAAAUAAAAUCGAUGCUUUGAACAGAAUGUUAGAACUAGCAGAUCAACACUCGAAGAAAAAAAUAUCUACACAGCUGAUUAAAAAUAUUUAUCACGCGCCAACUCACGAUCAGGCUGAGAAAUGUUUAAAACUUGUAGAGAAGGAGAAAGAUGACGGUAAUGAUGAAGAUGAUACUGAAUUUGAAGCAGCUGUUUUGAGCAAAGAUCAACCAGAUAACAAACGUGGUAAAUCAGGAAAUUCAUCAUCAAGGUCCAGUAGUUCAAUGUCAUCAAAAAGUGGAAAGAAAAGCAAGUCCUCAUCUUUCUGCGUUGUUUUGUAAAUUGUCAUUUUUGUAAUUCUUAUUUGUAAUUUCUGAGUGUCUUUUUCUGUAUAAUUAAGGUCACAGAUAUCUUUGAGAGGUUGAUUGAUUAUUUUAAGGUGAGCUUUCACUUUAACAAUUAAUUUGGAAGUGUUGUAUUUUCUCUUGACCUGAACCCAAGUUUGAUUUUCUAAUUGCUUAUAAUAUAGUCCACUAUUUUAACCCUCUCUCCCUGCCAAAAGAUCUCUUAUGUCCUUACUAUUGUCUGAUACAGUGAAAUGAUCCAGAUAUAACCAUGGUCUAUAACCUAUAGUUUUAGUUACUGUUACGCAGCUCCUCCUGGACAAUCCAAAUUGACUUCAGAUAUCUGGUUGAAAUACUUAGUCAAACAAACGCUGCUGUACAGGCAAAAUCAUCCUACCUCGCAAUGCACAUAUAAAAAUACCAUUGUGUCUAAAUGGUCAAUGUAUAGUGUUAAGAAGACAUUAAACAAACCCCAUUCAAUGCAUUCCCUCCUCUCACAAUAAAUAAUAGAGUUAGGUACCAUGGUUAUACCAAAAUGCACAGUAAUAUAGUUCAGAUGAUAUAUCAACCAGUAUUAGUAAUAAAAGUAUUAGAUAUAUAUAUUAUACAUAGUGUAAAAAAAACUGCUUUCAUAUUCAAUCAAAUCUGGGGGUUUUUGUGCGUACAUUAUUUUGUAUA